AUCAAUUGCAAACCGGAAAUGGCAAUUGCAUCUGUUAUUUCCCCGAAUCUUCUUAUUAGAUUCUCUAAUUAUUCUUGUAUCAAUCUAGCGGAAUUCAAAGAUUUCUGGUUCUCUGUUGUUAAGUGCUUUUUCUGAUUCAAAAUAACUUAUAAGUGCUUUUUUAUUUCAGCGAUUCUGAGAUUUUUUUUUCUGGGGCUAUUAUUGUUAUUGGAAUUUGGAUUGGUUAAAGUGUUGAACUUGAAGAUGAGAAUCACUGUUCGUUCUCUUCGUCAAUUGAGACAUGUUUUUCAAAGACAAACAUGUGUUAUGAUUAAUAAUCUUGUUUCAGAAAAACCAUGUUCCUUUGAAAAAUAUUGUCAAUUUCAUAGUUCAGUUAUUAUCGAUCAAGCUGAGUCCAAUUUAUUGAAGAACCAUUCAUUUAUUACAAUAGCUACAAGAUCUGUAUCAACUGACGCUGCAAAACUCACAAAUGAAGAAAUUAACAGAAGGGGACCUCUUAUCGAGUAUGAACGACGAAUUGCCAAUGGUGAAUUGGUAGAUGGGGAUGAUUGUCAGGUAGAGACACUAACUGAACUUCAGAGACUCUAUGAUGAACUUGUUGAGUCUGCCGAUGAAUGCCAAUUGGAUCGCAAUUCUGAAAAACCUGUAAGACACGGAUGGCUGUGGUCUCGACUCUUGUCACAUCCUUCUCAUUCACCUGUAAAAGGUUUAUAUCUUUAUGGCGGAGUUGGCACUGGUAAAACAAUGCUGAUGGACUUGUUUUAUGAUCAAUUGCCCUCUAAUUGGAGGAAAAAGAGGAUUCAUUUUCACGACUUCAUGUUGAAUGUGCACAGCCUAUUACAAAAGCACAAAGGCCUGUCUGAUCCACUGGAUGUUGUAGCAGAAGAGAUUUCUGAGGAAGCGGUUUUAUUAUGUCUUGAUGAAUUCAUGGUAACAGAUGUUGCCGAUGCAUUGAUUCUAAAUCGCUUGUUCGGACAUUUAUUCAGCAAAGGCAUUAUUUUAGUGUCCACUUCAAAUCGUGCUCCCGAUAAUCUAUACGAGGGUGGACUACAGAGGGAUCUCUUCCUACCCUUCAUUGCUACAUUGAAGGAAAGAUGCGUGGCACAUGAGAUUGGUUCGUCAACUGACUAUCGCAAAAUGACUUCGGGUGGGCAAGGAUUCUAUUUAGUUGGCAGAGAUUCGUCUAGCUUCCUUAAGAAAAAGUUUCAAGAGUUAAUUGGAGAAGACACAGCCACUCCCCAAGAAGUGGAAGUAGUAAUGGGAAGGACACUGCAGGUCCCAUUGGGAGCUAAUGGAUGUGCCUAUUUUUCCUUCGAGGACCUUUGUGAAAAACCUCUUGGGGCUGCAGACUAUUUUGGAUUAUUCAAGAAAUUUCAUACUUUAGCACUGGAUGGCAUCCCGAUUUUUGGGCUUAGCAAUAAAUCAGCUGCACAUAGGUUCGUCACUUUGGUUGAUGUGACAUAUGAGAACAAGGCCAGAUUAUUGUGUUCAGCUGAAGGGAGCCCUCUAGAUCUCUUUCAAAAAGUAGUAACUGUAUCUGAUGCUAAACACAUAGCACCCAGGACCUCUUCGAGAUCGAGGAAAAACGAUGAGGCUGACCUUUGUGUUGACAAUGAACUCGGGUUUGCAAAAGACCGCACCAUUAGUAGAUUGACAGAGAUUAACAGCAGAGAAUACUUGGAGCAGCAUGCUGAGAUGUUAGCAGAAAAGAAAUAAAGAGAUUGAAUUUCUACUAUUGUUGUUGUAGCAUAUACAGGGAGUGAAAAUGGGGAAAUAAUGAUUGAAGCACAAACAAUAAUUUGAAAUAAAAAGAGGUUUAUUUGCAGACCUUAUAGAUUUGACACUUGCACAUGAGUGAAAAGUGUGUUAAGAGUAGUUAGUUUUAGAGUUAUUGGGAUUAGCCAGAAAUAAUGUCCUCUUGAGUGAUGUAUAAAAAUUCAAUUCAAUUCAAAUGGAGUUUGCAUAUGAUA